AUGUUAUUUACUGAUGAUAUAAUAUUGAUUGAUGAGACACGAGGCAGUGUCAGUGAGAAAUUGGAGCUUUGGAGACAGACCUUGGAGUCUAAAAGUUUCAAGUUGAGCAUGACUACGACAGAGUACUUAGAGUGCAAGUUCAGCGACGAGACGAGGGGAGAAAAUAUAGACGUGAUGCUUGAUUCACAAGUCAUCCCUAAGAGAGAAAGUUUCAGGUAUCUUGGGUUAGUUAUCCAAGGGAAUGGAGAGAUUGACGAGGAUGUCACACACCAUAUAAGGGCGGGGUGGAUGAAAUGGAGGUUAGCAUUUGGCGUCCUGUGUGAUAAGAAUGUGUCACCUAAACUUAAAGGUCAGUUCUACAAGGCGGUGGUUAGACUGACAACGUUGUAUUGGGCUGAAUGUUGGCCAGUCAAGAACUCCCAUAUUGAGAAGAUGAACGUAGAAGAAAUAAGAAUGUUGCAAUGGAUGUGCAGGAACACUAGGUUGGAUAAGAUUAGGAAUGCAGAGAUUUGGAAGAAAAUGGGCAUGGCCCCUAUGGAGGAUAAGAGAGGCUUAGAUGCUUCAGGCAUGUGA